GGUUAGCCGACAGUCACAAGGAAAUAUGACUUGAUCAUAUAUUUUCUUUAUAUAUGUGUAUAUGCUGAGAAGAAAGGAAACAGAAAACCUAAAAGAUGGAUCCAAAAGAGAAGAGACAAAAGCUUAGCACACCAGAACUCGAAAGCCGCUCUCUCUCAAAGAAGGAUGUACUGGCAAUCACAAAUCCCUCUUUAAACUCAAAGGUUGAUGAUGUGGGAGAAGCGAUGAAGAAGCAAAACGACGUCGCUAUGUUCCUUACAGAGAAAGCAAUCUCUGCCCUAGCCAGAAACUCCAACUUCGUCUUCUCUCCGGCAUCAAUCAACGCUGCUCUGACCAUGCUCGCCGUUACCACCGAAGAAGAAACACUCAGAUCUUCCAUCUUCUCCAUCCUUAAGACAUCCUCUAUCGAUGAGCUCAACGCUGUUUUCCACGAAGUAGCAAACACCGUCCUCGUCGAUGGAACUGAGAACGGUGGCCCUAAGAUCUCGGCUAUUAAUGGAGUGUGGAUGGAGCAGUCCCUAUCUCUUAGUCCCUCGAAGAAAGAUCUCCUUCAGAAUUUCUUCAAAGCUGCCCUUGCUCAAGUUGAUUUUAGAUUCAAGAGUAAAAAAGUGCGUAAGGAGGUGAAUGAAUGGGCUUCACGUCACACCAAUGAUCUCAUCAAAAACAUUCUUCCUCAUGGAUCCGUCACAAGUGACACCGACUGGAUUUAUGGGAACGCAAUCUACUUCAAAGGAGCCUGGAAAGACAAAUUCCCAAAGUCUUUGACAAGUGAGGAAGAGUUUUACCGUCCCGAUGGCACAUCAGUCUCUGUGCCGUUCAUGACCACAUUAUAUAGGAGUCAAUACGUAAGGGAAUACGACGAUUUCAAGGUUCUUAAACUCUUGUUUCAGCAAGGCCGUGAUAUCGAUCGCCAGUUCUCUAUGUAUUUCUAUCUCCCGGACGACAAGGAUGGACUGGAUAGUCUGGUGAAGAGAAUGGCUUCUACUCCUGGAUUCUUGGAUUCUCACAUUCCCACUGAAAAAGUUAGUAUUGGUGAAUUCAGAAUCCCGAAAUUUAAGAUCGAAUUCGGUUUUGAGGCUUUGGAGGCUUUUAAUGAAUUGGGGCUGGAUUCGGUUUCGCUGCAUCAUAAAGCUUUUGUCGAGGUCGAUGAAGAUGGUGCAGAAGCUGCAGCUGUUACUGUGACAGGAGGCCGCAGAGGUAGAAGAUUGUUCGGCACUGUGAGGUUGAUAGAUUUUGUGGCCGAUCAUCCGUUUCUUUUUUUGAUAAAAGAAGACAUAACUAGCACCAUUAUGUUUGUUGGUCAAGUCUUUGAUCCUCCCAAACCUUCUUCCGCUUAAGACCGGAUUUGCAGUUUUAUUUUGUUUUAGAUUUUGUUUAAUUGAAAUUUUGCAACUUUGCUACAUUAGAGCCCAUAUUGGUUUUCGGCUGUUGAUUUGGAUGUUGCAUUACAAAGAAUAUUGAAAAGAUGCAUCGUGUUUAUUUUCA